AUGCACCUCCGUCCAGUCCAAGCAGCAUUCUGCCUUGCCGCAACAGCAUCAUUGCACGGAUCUCUUCCACUUCGCGUCAUUGCUUGGACACCACAGCAACAACCAUCGCACGCAAAUGCCAAUACUACACCCUCUCGACGGGCAUUUCUCCAGACAUCGGUAACUACCGCGACCAUCUGGGCGGGAGGGACCAGUUGGAAGGAUCCAGCUAUGGCUGUGCAAGUCACCACGACCGAAGAAACAGAAUCGUCGUCUCCUGCCUUGUCUGCGUCGUCCUCCUUCUUGUCGUCAACAUCUUCGGAUUCUUUCUCCUCUUCCAAUGACGAGGAGGAUUCCAAAGCAGCUGCUCGAAGAGCCCGUGAAGAGGAAAAGGCUCGAAAAGCAGCCGAGAAGGAGGCAAAACGCUUGGCGGAAGAAACCAAGAAACGGCUGGCAGUGGGGCGCAUUGGCACCAUUUAG